AUGGUCUCUUUUAGUAAAGAGGCAGUCCCUCUACAAUUCAACGAUUCCACGCCAGCCUACUCUAAUUCCGGCAAUAGUGGGAAGGCCCCUCAGGACCCAGGCGUGGGGCGGGAAAAUGCUGGUUUACCGACGAACGCCGCAGCGGAGCAUCGAACAAAGCUAGAGAGACGGUUGCAGGCCCAGCUCAGAGAUGGAAAGCGCAGCAGAGACGUUAAAAGGCUGCAAGAUCCUCUUGUCAGACACCUACUUAGGGUGGCAGGUAACGCUUCAUACAGGAACAUGCGGCAGAGCGUGAUUGUUACGGGCAAAAGCCUUAUUUGCGAGCUUCUUAAUGCCUUUCCUUGUAGACGCUUGGCAUUACGGCGUCAAAGCAUAGCAGCACUACAGGCGUCUUUGCCUGGAUUUCGCAAGUUCAUCGGUUUCGCAAAUGCAACACAGGACGUCGAGCCUGUGAAGGAAUCCAAGAGCGAGUCGGCUGCAAAAACCGACGGGCACUCUGACCUUUUAGGGACCCGCUCACCGUUGAACUUUCACGUUGAGACACAUUAUGUCAGCAACCGGAUUCUGCGAAAGGUAGCGGGUUUCCACUCCUAUGACGAUGGCUGCAUCGCUGAAAUGCAAAUGCCUGAACCGGCCGAUAACUUUGGAAACAUUCGGCUACUCCUUUGUUUGGGUCGCCUCCCCUCAUCUAUUGGGCAAAACGGCCCCCAUAAUUUGCCAGCAGUCUCUGCGCCAACACAUGAUUCUUCGGAUUCAGGAGCUACUGGCACUUUGUUGCGGACUGCAGCAGCACUGCAGUGGCAAGGCGCUUGGAUCUUGCCUUCGUGUCCAGAUGUCUUUAAUCCACUUGCUAUAAGAGCCUCACAGGGUGCGUUAUUCUGGCUACCAUACCGCUUCGGGAGCAUCGCGGAACUUGUGCAACUUUGCAAAGAGCAGGAUCUGGCAGUUUGUAUCCCACACGAAAAAGGUACCCCAGCAAAAACUCCCGGUAUUCUAGGUAGCGGAAAGAAAAAAGGAGUCUGCCUAAUACUGGACUCCAGCCUGCAAAGCAUUGCAGAUGCUAUGAUUGAUGGUGCUUCCACACAGAAGGUAGAUAUUGGCGGUUUCUCCUCGGACGUUAAGCCACUUUUGGGAAAGCAGACAUCAAAGUGUCUGCCUUCAGCAAAGUCCGUAUUCAAGCCGGAUAUGUUUCUCUCACUCGGUGCAGAUGUGGCUCCUGAUAAGAGCAUGCAACUUUUGCAUCCCAUUACAGUAGCAUCGCUACUCCUGUAUCACACGAAACAGGCCCAUUUUCCCAAUCUACGCGGUUCCCCUUUCCUUUUUUCUGUCGGACAAAAGUCGUAA